AUGCCAGAGACGCGAUUGGGGUCUUUAGAGGACAUUCAAGCUGGGUUCCAAAGACUGACGACGAAGAGUGGCAGUGAUGAUGAGAAUGCUGGUAGAAAGAUGAAUGGUAAGAUGAGGUUGAGGAGGCUAUUGAAGGGACCAAUCUUGGUAGGAUUAGCGACACAGACAGAAGGCGUGGUAUCAGGAAGUGGAAGUGAUGCUAAUGGUUUAGGGCCGAUGAGGAUUGAGUUGAGUGGUUUUUAG